ACGCACCAGAAAGGAGGAGGCUACUCAGGAUGACGUUGCUUUUUGCAGGCGAGUGCCACACGUGACUGACUUGAUAGUCGGAACACCUCAGAAUACAGACCGAGGAAAGUAGGAGGACUGCGAGAGAAGCCGGACGACCUCCUGGAGCACAGCAUCAGCACCCGGAGGACGGCAUCAUUUCUGGGAUUGCUUCAUUCCUGCAAUCCAGCUGACAUUGAUUGCCCCCUCCAGCGGUUUUGUGUUAGGAAUUGUGCGCGGUGUUUUGAAUGCCUCGAACAGCUGCAGCAAUCUUCGCGGUGCUGACCGCCUGCCUCUGGUUCUCACCCGUUCUGUGUGCUGUAGGAAGAACCCGCCAGCAGCUCAAUUACCGACCAAUUAUCGGUGUGUUGGCACAGGAAAACCUUCCAUGGGACCAGUUUGCUCGUGGGUCUUCUUACAUAGCUGCCUCCUAUGUCAAAUACCUAGAGGCUGCUGGGGCCAGGGUUGUACCUAUUCGGUUGUUGUUGCCAGGUGGAGAUGUAGAUCUUCAGACGUCACAGUUCAGUCGAGCUGCCAAGAUCUUUUACAACUUGGCUCUGAAGGGCAAUGAUGCUGGAGACUACUUCCCUAUUUGGGGAACCUGCCAGGGCUUCCAGCAGCUCACUGUCCUGACUGCCAACAAAAACCUCCUCACGCUUACUGAUACCAAGGCUGUGGCUCUACCUCUGACACUCACAUCAGUGGCCCCAUCUAGCCGAUUAUUCCGGAAUUUUCCCAAAGAUUUGCUGCGGUCUUUGGCUAGUGAAAACAUCACUGCAAACUUCCACAGUUGGAGUCUCUCCAUGCAGAAUUACAGUCGAAAUGCCAAACUCAGGAGGUUUUACAAGAUCCUGUCCACUAACAGUGAUGGAAAGAAAGAAUUCAUCUCUACUAUGGAAGCCAACCAUUACCCAUUUUAUGCUGUGCAAUGGCAUCCAGAGAAAAGUCCUUUUGAGUGGGUAGAUAAGCCAGGAAUGAUUCAUUCUGUUUCCGCUGUAAGGGCCAGCUUCUACACUGCCAGCUUCUUUGUUUCUGAAGCUGCUCACCAGCCUCAAGCCACGUCUGCUGGAGGGCCCGAGGAGCCCGUCCAGCCUCAAGCCUCGUCUGCUGGAGGGUCCGAGGAGCCCGUCCAGCCUCAAGCCUCGUCUGCUGGAGGGUCCGAGGAGCCCACCCAGCACCAUGCCUCGUUAGCUGAGGGUCCUGGAGGACCCAGCCAGCACAUCCUCACACCUGCUGAUGGUUCGGGGAAAUUGGUUCAGCCGUCACCUGCUGAAUCGUCACCUGCUGAAUCGUCCCCCGCGACUUUUACAUCAUCGCCUGCAGCAUCAUCACCUGCAGCCGUCCCGCUGCCGUCAGGUUCAGCAGCCGUCCCUUCAUCCACGCCUGGUCCGGCCUCGGUGUCUUCAUCCACGCCUGGUCCGGCCUCGGUGUCUUCAUCCACGCCUGGCCCGGCCUCGGUGUCUUCAUCCACGCCUGGCCCGGCCUCAGCUCCGCCUUCGUCGUCGUCUGGCCCGGCCUUGCCUGGUCCUGCGGUUGCCACACCGCCGUCAGAGCCAGCUCGACCUGUUCCGCCUUGCCUCUGCCAGCCGUUUUCCAGGCCGCUAAGUUGGCAUCAUGGCCUUCGGGGAUGGCCUCCGGAAGGAGUUUGUCGCCGCCGCUGGCAUCGCCGCCGACCUCCGGAACUGCUCAGUGGCCGCCGUGGCCGUGUGCACGGUCGGCCUCCGGAACUGUUUGCCCGUCGCCGCCGUGGCCGUGUACACGGUCGGCCUCCGGAACUGUUUGCCCGUCGCCGUGUGCACGGUCGGUCCCCUGGACUUUUCGUGGACUCUGGCUCCUUGCUUUUUGCUUGGUUUCUGUCCUUCCGUCCUGGACCCCCUCCGCCCACCCUGGCCUGGUGCUUUGUGCUUUUUUGUUUGGGGCUGUCGGGAGCCAGCCCUUAG